AUGGUAAAUGCAAACGAACACGAGAUUAUACUGUGUGUUUCUCUCCUCCGUUCCGAUCCACGUAGUUCCUCUGCUGACAUUGCUGGUCUUGCCAUCAUCCUUGUCGAUCAAAUCAAGGCGCUUGGAAUAAACACCCUCGGACAGAUAAAAAAGAUUUACAAAUCCAAACCGAUAUUGAAACGACCUUUGGAUCAAUGUAAUCUGAGAUACAAAGCAAUUCUAGAAGGCGAUGUCCCACAAGCGUAUGCUGGCCUUCCAGGAAACCCUAAAUUUGCCGAAAAUGGAGUUGCUGACGCCAAAAUAGAAGCNUNUAUCUGCGAAGAUGAAUUUCCCGAAGGACAAUCUCCGUUAACCAGUUUAAAUCAAAGAAUGGAAAAAAUUUGCGAUAUAGCAAGGGCCAUCAUCAGAAAUUUGCUCUAA